GCGCCGGGCCGCGACAACGCUUCCGGGGCGGCAGCGGGGCCUGGGCCGGUCCUCGGUACGGACGGCGGCAGCCGGCUCCGUCCCGGGGUGAAUCGGGCACGGACGUCCUGUGAGGCCCCACCGGGCUCGGCCGCCGGGAGCAGGUAUGGGUGACAGCGAGGAUGAAAAGAGUAGAACGUGCUGUGCAACGGCAGAAGAAGGGCUGAAAGGCCGAGGAAAAGAAAAAAGGAAACGAAAGCGCAGUAGAAGCAGAUCAUCGUCCAUUUCAUCCACAUCGGCUUCUAGCACUACAUCCACUUCUUCCUCCUCAUCACGCUCAUCAUCGAGGUCAUCUUCAAGUAGCAGAGAUUCUCCUAAGUCUAAAUCAAAGAAAAAGAAAAAGGAAAAACACAACAAAAAGAAAAGGAAAAAAGAUAGCAAAAUGAAGAAAAAGAAAGAAAAGAAGAAGAAGAAAGAGAAAACAGGACCUGUCCAACUUUCCAAGUUCUUUAAAAACAAAAAGAAGAAUGAAAACUACAGCAUGAUAACUGGAAAGAAAAUUAAGAUGAGAAUAAAGAAGACUAAGAAGGACCUAGAGAGGGACCGGAACCGUGCACAGCUCCUUGAAUUCCUGAACUCUGCCUUGUAAUGGGAAGAGUGCUGAGCCAGGACUUGUAACUAUACCAAGCCAACAAUCUUCAUGCCUAGCGAAACACUAAAGGGAACCUCAGGGAAAAGGACAUCAAGUUUGACAAGAGCGGACUCUCCUGCUGAGAAGACAAUCGGGAUGUCCUUUGUUUAAUGGCUAAGAGUAAUCGAUAACAUGCUAAUGAAGAUCCAUGUCCUCCUUUUGAGAUCCUAAGGUAAUAGCUAGGCUGUGGUGUUUUUAGAAGAGCCUAAGAGUGUGGCACUGAUGAUAAAUGACACACUGAAAUCUAGUAAUGUAAUUUCUAUCCGAACUGCAUGCAGAACAUACUCUUAAUUUCAAGUAUCUUCAUGUUUCUAGUAGUUUAAGCAAAGCAGUGUAUUAGUAAAUGUCUGAAAGCCGACACAUUUCUGUAUGUUUGUGUUUUCCAGUGGUGCUUUUACUUGUCCUGAAGAGCAAACCGACCUUUGUAAAUAGAACGUGUUUUUACAUAAAUGAGUUUUUGGCAAUUCA